ACUGGUGGAGCGUUCUCGGCUGUUCCAGUAGCAGAUUGAUUAACAAAAUUGGUCAUCGACUAUAGCAGCUAGCGACACUUUUUCAGAGUAUUGUGAAGGGAAAUGCUCGAUAUAUGGCUGAGGGAGAACUAUACAAGUUAUGUAGGUUGAUGAACCUCUGAACAUGGUAAUGUAACUUUCAAACUAGCAUAGCUUCAUCAUCACAUCACCAUUUGAUUUAGCUAACGACGUUACCGUUAACUAACGUUAGCCAGUUGGUUUGAUAUCCUAUUAUCUUCGAGCUAACUCACGUUAAAUAGCUUUUGCCGUUCUAUAUACAAGCUGAUAACGAGACGUCGUUAUACAAACUACAGUCAUUUUGGAUUGUAUCGUUUCAAUUGUCGACAUGGAUUCACUUGGCUAACGUUAACCUGUCUUUCUAAACAGUUGGCUACAUAUCACUUGCUUGCUCCUCGAGACUAGCUAACGUUAACUGGGAACCACUAUUUUCACGCACUUUGAUAUCGAAAUAGUUUCCCCCCGUAACAGGUUGAGAAUUACUGUAACAGAUGAGACUGAGAUUACGGCUAGGGAAACGGUUAUCUAGCGAAAAUGCUCUCCUUACCUGCUACGAAAAUCACUUUGUAUCGAAGUGCGGUGAGGAGGGUUUCCCAAACUCUGUCGGUGGGGGGAAACCAUGUUUGGGAAACCAUGCCCUAGUUAACGUUUACUCACUAGCUAGUUUAAUUAGCAAGUACCGUAGUUAGCAAGCAACUUGGCAUUGUCUGUAGAUAGCUAGGCUAACUAGCAUAGGCCAGGGUUCUGUGUGAGCUCUGAUUAGCUUGCUAGCUAGCAGCAACAAGUACUAGAAGUUGCCUUAGCCAAAGAUAACCGGAAAAAUAUUCACGAGUGUCACUUGCUGGAACUUAAACCAAUAGAAAAUUGCACGAGCCUAAACAAACAUUAAACUUGUUGCUGGUUAACUCCACAGGUGGGCUAUGUUUGCUCUAUUCAUGUCGGUGUUUUUCAGAUCCAUCAAUCAGCAUUGGUGUAGUUGCCUACAUAGAACGUUGCUUUGCAUCACCAUGUAGCUUCGCAUGGGUGGCCUGGAACGUCGCAGGCGUUUCUGAAGACAUCUUGAAUCAGCUAAAAGAGGACACCAGGAUGAGCAAUCAAGAGAAGAUGGAAUUGGACCUCGAAAUCCCAUCUUCACUAGUUCAGAGUGACGGACAACUGAGACGUUCCAACAGUGCCCCAAUGAUAAAUGGCCUAAGUGAACAUUCCCAGGUGUUCCAGAGUGAGAUUCUAUGCAGCAGGAGAAACAGCACCACUGUUGUCAACCGCCCUAAUAUAGUCCCUUCAUCACCCAUUCGUGUCCCCAGCACUAGGCUUCAUCAGCUCAAACAGGAGGAAGGUGUGGAUUUGAUGAAUAGAGAGACUGCCCAUGAACGGGAGGUUCAAGCAGCCAUGCAGAUGAGCCAGUCCUGGGAGGAGAGUCUGAGCCUGGUGAGAAAUGAUGACGCUCCCAUGAGCGACAAUGACUUUGAGAAAUCUGCAUCGUCGUCUCCAAAGCGGAUCGACUUUAUGCCCGUGUCCCCUGCCCCAUCACCUACUAGAGGGAUAGGGAAAAAGCAGUGCUUCUCCCCUUCAUUGCAAAUCCUGGUGAGCAGCCACGGCCUAUCCCCCAGCCCUAUACCUAGCCCAACGCGACGCUUCAGCCGGCGGAGCCAAAGCCCCAUUCACUGCAUCAGGCCCAGCAUCCUGGGGCCCAUCAAACGUAAAGGGGAGAUGAUGGAGACUGAGAGCCAGCCAAAGAGGCUCUUCCAGGGGACCACCACAAUUCUGUCCUCUGAUGUACUCGUGCCCCAAGUCCAACUGCCAGACUUCACCUCCAGUCUCUCUCCGCCGGAUGUGCUGGACGGCAGCCUCAGCAGUGUGGGUUCUUCCACUGGCUCGCCAUCUAAGAUGGAGGGCAUCUCUGAGUCUCCUUCCUCCAGUAACUCUCCCUUCAACCCCCUCCAGGACCACUCCCCAAAAUGAACAAGGGAACAUGAGACUCUAAACAAGAGUGAAGGCACGAAAGCCACCUCAACUGUACGACACCCCCCCCAAAUCACUUUGCUUUAGCUAAUGUGGGAAUCCCUUCCCAUGCUGUUUGCUUUUGCUAGGGGAGGAGAGUCUAGGUAUUUGCAUUGAAAGGAAACCAAAGCCCUGGAUGUGAGCUGUGGACACACCAUGCUGUAGUAGACUAGUGCGAUGCUAUGAGAACAGUAGUUAGAUAUGGAUCCUUUACAUGGUGCUGCUUAGCCCCACAGUGACCAGAACAGCCAAGUUGUCAACCCUGCAUCACAUCACUGUCAGCUUCCAGCCCCAUCCCCUACUUCCUUUUCCAGCUUCACACUGGAGGGACUGAGCACUGGAUGGAGACAGUCGCUCACUAAGUCAGUUUUCCUGUUUUCUUUAUAGAAAACUAAUUCUCCAGGUGUUUUUGAUGUGCACAAAACUGUCCGCAGGUCUUGUAUGAAUGAAAGGAUAUAACUUGUUCCCAUUUGUAAGUAUGUAUAUAAUUUUUCGUGUCAUUAGUUUUAUGUUUUGUGAUUGGCUGAGUGAUGACUGCGGGCACAGGGCUUCAACAGUGAACUAACAGUUCUCUCGAGGGGAUUGGAAAUGUUCUUACUAGUCAUUUAUCCUGAAAGAACAGUUUUCAGUUUAUAGUCACCAAGAUGUGGGGUAUCAUUCUGGUUAAUUUUCUAAAUUUGGCACUUAAUCUGGCCCCCCUCUGGUAUUAGGUAACUACAGUUGCCAGUGGUUUGGGUCAUGUCUACCCAUCCCUGCAGAUUUUACUCUGAAGGGAAGUAAGCGGGGGGAGGGGGGGGGGGGCACACAGUCUGGAUUUGAACACUACAGACUCGGGUCUCUGAAUCCUACUGCCUGGAUAUAUCUGUAGACCUGCAGGAUGUGCAACAAUUGUGUUUACUUCUGAAGCUUUUAGGGAAAUAAUUUGUUUUCUUGUUUGAAGCCACUUUGUAAAUGUAACUGACUUUUUUUUAGGCUACAUUAUUGCAUUUUAUAUUGAACAUUAGAAUAGCUCACCCUAUUCUCAAUACUCUGCAAUUAAAUCAAUAGAUUGGUUUAGGAUAAGCACACUGAGGUAGAGGACAGAACAUGGUGGCAUUUCAAAAGGGAUUGGGUGAGUGGGCUUAUGUCGGUCUACUGUGGUCAACAUUUGUCCUAAAAGCUUUGUGCAGAAUGUGUCACUGGAUUGGUUGGUUAUGAAUAACAUUUGCAAUGAACAUUCAUAAGCAAUACCAAAGACUUAUCAGGGGAACUGUGAAAGCAAACUUCAGUUAUACACUGAUUCACAAAUUCAUUUUAAGGCCGCUGUAAAACAUUUGGGUUCAGUAAUUUCAGUUCAACUCUUAAAUUUGAUAUUUUCCCCUCGUUCAGGGUAUGGUGUCUUUACAAAGGGAGUGGGAGACUUCAUGUACAAAAGUGAUUAUACAUUUUCAUUGAUAUAUGUAAAUGAAACAGCGUUAUGAAUACUGAGUGUCUUUAAAGAAACUGCAAGCUGGUCGAUCAGGUAUGCUUGCACUGCUGUCAAUGUAAUUGGUGUUUUUUUUAAAUUAUUUUUGAUUAUAUCCUGUUCAUUUUUCAAUUUGUCUGAAUGUCUAGGGCAUGAGAUUGGCAAAGUAAAUUAAGUGUAUAUGGGCAGGUGGGAGACUUGUUAGACUGCUUGCCAAAGUUUUCCCCCCUGAGCCUUUUAAUUUGAACACGAGGGUAAAUAAAUUGUCUAUUUCCAUUCAAUGA